AUGGGUGGCUUAACUAUAAGAAAAUCAGGAUGCAUACCACCAAAAUAUAUACGCUUGCCCAGUGGAAAAUUGUUUGAUUGUGGUCGCAAAGUGUUGGUACAUAAUAUCACAGAUUUGCAGUAUGUAUGCUCUCGUUUAAAUAUCUCCGAAGAUCAGAAGUUUUUCAUUCUUACUGAAUAUAACGGUGAAAAAUGCCUCGUUCCUAUUUUUUACCCCUACCACCCUAAUAGUCUUCAUAACAGGACUUCAAAACUUUUAAUCGCAUAUUAUUUAUGCGAACAGUUCCAUCUCAAAUGUAUUCAGCUAGACAACCCACGGGAUCUUGCUGAUAUCAAGUUGGUCAGUGAUGUCGUCAUUGCAAAUAAGAAUCAGCUAAAUACCAGUGAAGAAGACUCAAAAGCACUAGAAGAGCUUUUAAAUUCUGAAGAAUUGUUCACACGACUGUUAAGUGUGCUUUUGAGUAUUCCUGAGCUUACUACUCAAUGGGUACAUGUGAAAGAUCAGAAAGGACAAUUAUACCAGAUUGGAAUUAAUAGAGAUGGAUUAAUUAUUCAUCAAGAAUUUGUUGAGUCUUUAUCAACACGUUUCAGUUGGCAAGAUUUGGGCAAUGCUAUUGCUAAUCGUUCAAUUGUAACACUUCCAAUAUCCAUGAAUUCAGAAAACGCAGAAAAAUUGAUGUAUUUUAUUGAUAUAAAGAGUAGCACUAAAAUGAAAAGUGCGUCAAAUAUGGUUAAUCUAAAGGAUGAUAGAAAUAAUUCACAGUCUAUCGAAAAUGAUAAAAACACUUCACAACAAUAUAUUCUUAAAUUUCGAUUAUCUGAUGCCAAAAUCGCUCAACGAUUAGCUUUACAAUUAUACACAAUAUGCAAUAGAGUCAUAAAAGAGUCAAAUACUAAUAAUAGUAAUACAAGGAUACAAUGCAAUGAUGUCGAGAAAGAGGAAGAUAAAAGCACUUCUUCCGGUAUGCUGACACGAUUUAAUCGACAAUUUCGUGAUACAUUUAGAUGUUUUUCAAGACCAUUUAAUAUGAAAUCGAAAGUACCUAAACGUAAACCGUGUUCAACACUACUAGAUCCAAAUACAACUACACAAGAUGUUGAUAAUAAUAAUAUUGAGGCAACUAUAACUGUUCAGCCAUCUUCUGUAUCUGAUCAUAAUCUGCUAACUUAUAGCAAUGUAAUACCGAUGUCGACUACUGGCAUACCUACUACCAGUGUUGCUUUUGUUACAAGUAAUAUUAGUAGUAACAGUUGUUGUAUAACAGUGAAAUCUUCAGUUCAUGAUAAUGUUGAUGAUGAAAAUCUUAAAAGAUUUUCAUAUUCUCCUAUGUAUUCAUCUGUUCAAAUAAACUCACCUACAAUUAUUACUACUAAUCAAUCAGCUAUCACAGCUACUACACAUACAACAUUUAUAUCAAAUUCCAAAUUGAAUCAGCAAAACAUUAUCACGACGAAUUAUGAAAAAAUACCAGUAGUUGUGGAACCAAUUGAAGUAGCUGCUGGUGAAGCACAAGCAGAAUUAAAUGAACGUGAUAAACAAGUUUUACAUUCAUUACUAAUGAAUAAAUCUUCAACGAUUGUUUCCUCUGUACCUGUUAACAAUUUCUCGUACACCAUCGCUAAUACUUCAAUGAUGACAACGACGACACCCAUGAAAUCCAUUUCAAAUGAAUUAUCUUCACCUCAGUUAUCGUCAUUCAAUAAUUUAUCAUCUGUUGCUAUGAAUAAAUCAAAUUCAACAUUUCAUAAAGAACCGGCAACAACAACUAUCAAUGAAGAUAAUUUUUCAAAACAAUGUACAAAUGAAAGUAUCUUUUCAUUAUCGACAAUUCCAACAAAUGGUAAUCUUGCUACAAUUUCACAUUCAUCAUCUUUAGUACAUACUGAAAUGUCAGGACAGAAGAAUUUUAUCCCAUCAGCCAUUAAUUCUAAUGUUACUAAUACACACUUUGUACAAUCGAAAUUGGAUACAAUCGUUGUAGAAAAGAAGAUUUCUGAUGAUGAAAAUUUGAAUCCUCAGGCUACUUCAGAGCAUGUUAGUUGUGUCACUGGAUCAUUUAUAAAACCUGUUAUAGCACAUUCUGUCAGUGUGGUUUCUGCUAAUAACAAUGUUGCUUCAUCAGUCGAUGUCAAUAAUAAUAAUUAUAACAUCCCAGAUUUCCAAAAUGUCAAUUCAUAUAACGAUCAUAAUGUCAAGUCUACAGUUAGUCACGCCACAAGUUUAUACGCUCCACAACCAUAUACAACAGUUAAAUCCGAUACGAAUAAUAAUAUUUCAAAUGAUAUAAAGCCAACUUUAAACGGUUUCAAACAUGUAAUGGAAGAUGAUUCUCGCAAGAUUGCUCAUAGUACUUCACCUUCAACUAUAUUAACUUCUGAUUCAUUCCAAUCGCGUAUUAAACCACCUUCGUUUACUGUAAAAACAUCAGAUUUAAACAAAAUAAGCACUACAAAAGUAACUUCUACUACCGUUAAAGUUGAUGAAUCUUUCAGUUCCAACCAUGUAACACAUAAUAAUGAUAAUAACACAAUGUCCAAUUCAUUUCAUACUCCAGAAAGUAUAAAAAAUCAUAAUAAAAUAGAUUCUCCCGAAAAGAACAAUACACCGAGUACACCACCCGUCGUAUGCUCCGCGUCAGUUAGUGUAACUGGAAUUCGUCCACCAAGUGGUAUUAAAGCUCCAUCUAUUACCCCAGAUAAAAUGAAGUCUAGAAUUACUACUAACGGACAUACCAAUCCUAGUGCCACCGACACAUCAGUUAUGUCUACACAUGAUGAUGAUAUGACACAUAACAAAAAACAAAUUCCUACAAGCGUUGAACCAACCUGCGAAUUGAUAAAAAGACAAGAAUCAAUUACAGAGGAUAGUUUAGAACAUCCUAGUGGUUUACCUAGACCUCUAGGAAUUUCACCUUCUUCAUCUCAUGGUAAAGUUCAAUCUAAGCUCCGACCUUUAUCAGGAAAUUCACCGAUCGCCAAUUCUGGUAUACCUGCACCGUCUAUAAUGCCACCCCUUGUUAGUGGACAAUCUCAUAUGCCUGUACCGAUGAAUAAUACUUCUAUUCCUCUGCCUAGUGGAAUAAAACCACCAUCUCGUUCACCAAAGUCUGCAUUAGCUAAGACUGAAAUCUCAAAAUGAAAUACCUUCACAUUUAAUAAUAUAUAGAACCAUUUUCAAAAUCAAACAACUUUGUAAUGAAGGAACAAUUCAAUAAUGCCAAUCGAUGAACAUCUCAUUGUAUCAACAAUUUUCAAAAUUUAGGAACUUUUUCAUUGCUUAUUGACUUCCACUAGACUUCAGCACGAAUAAAUCUCUCUUUUUUAAUAUCAGUUGGAAUGUGUGUAUUUAGUAUUUUCCAGUAUCCCUCAACCCUUUAAGUAACACAAGUAAACGAAAUGACUGAUCUUUAUCUUUCCUCCUCCUCCUCUCUCUCUCUCUCUCUUAUGUUUAUAAUACAUUCUCA